CGAGCCGGUCUUACCUCACAACACCGAAUCAUUGACUGCUGUUUCUUCUGAUUUCGGCUCACCUUGGAGCACUGAACUCGUCUCUAGCCCAGAAACAAAAGACAGUCUCGCCACCGGAAGUUCGAGUUGGAUCAGCAUGGGAUGCUAUAUGUCUCCUCCAUACACCUGCGAUGAAGUCGCACUCCCGCCACUGGGUUUCGGAUCUUGUUCUUCCCCAUCUGCCCUUACGGACGUCGACAGUCUGGUGGCGCCCUCCCAAGUAUAUCCCGACCCAGAUCCUAUCGUCAAACUUGAGACAGACUCGGAGCAUUUCAUGGGUGGAAUCUUUCGCUAUAACAGCCCUCCUCAUCACGAUGAAUUUGACACUGCUUGUGACAUCAAGAGUUGCCAAUACGCAGAGACCACAAGUCAGCAAGAAGCCUGCAGCUCUUCCAGUAACCAGUUCAAGACGCCGAAGCUAUCUAGCAGGAACACAGGCCGCAUCAGCAAGAAGCGACCUCGCAAAACGUCCACCAAAGCAAGAUCUACCUCUGCAGCUCGGGCCUCUACCAAGACCAGCGGUAAGAAGGGUGGUGCUAAGACCAGCCGGGUGUUCAUCUGCAGUUUCUCCCACUAUGGAUGCCAGAGUACCUUCGUUUCGAAGAACGAGUGGAAGCGCCAUGUGACCUCGCAGCAUAUUCAACCUGGAUUCUACCGUUGUGACGUCGGACGCUGCAGUCUGGACAACCUCAGCAAGAAUAAGGGUCAGGACGCGAACAACAGUUGUGCCUCAUUUAACGAGACGCAUCUCGUUAACGACUUCAACCGAAAGGAUCUCUUCACUCAACACCAGCGACGCAUGCAUGCUCCCUGGGUCGGGCGCAACAGCAAAAAGCCUGAAACUGAGAAAGAGCGCGAUGACUUCGAGCAGACCCUUGAAGCUGUUCGGGCUCGCUGCUGGCAUGAGCAACGCAAGCCACCUACCCAGAGCGCCUGUGGCUUCUGUGGACAGCAUUUCCUCGAAUGGAAUGAUCGAAUGGAGCAUGUUGGUCGUCACUACGAGAAAGGUGACGCGCAAUAUGAAGCCAAGGAUACUUUCUUGCGCCAAUGGGCAAUUGAAGAAGACAUUAUUCGGCAAGUGGAUGGGCAGUGGAAGUUGGUCGGUCUUUGCGAGAAGUGAAGUGUAAGGCUACCUUACUACUGCUUCCUCCCAAAGUAUCCAACUGCUGCCCCUCCCCGCCUUCCUCUUUCUCUUCUCUAGCCUUUGAUUUCUAGUUCUGGGCUUCCUC